AUGAAGGAAAUAUACAGGAGGCUGAAUCUGCACUUCGAUAAGGAAGCACGUGCUCUUCUUGGAAGAUUAGAAUAUCAAAGGGGAAAUGUGGAAGUUGCGCUUCGGGUGUUUGAUGGCAUUGAUCUUCAGGCUGCUAUACAGCGAAUACAACCUCCGAAGAAGGGGCGAACUAGAUCCGAUUCUGUGCAUCCUAGCUUCAUUUGCUGGGAUUUUAUAGAGGCUGCUCAGGAGUGCAAAAGUGUACUUGAUGCUGUUGAGAAGAUAUUUUUUUACGGGAUACCUGAUGUAUUAGUUGACAAUAAGCUGCAAGAAACUGUUAGCCAUGCGGUUGAACUCCUCCCAGAGCUGUGGAAGCAAUCUGGCAACUUUUCUGAAGCAAUUGGUGUAGAAGUUGGACCACCCAGUUUGGCUGUACAAAUUGAUGGGUCCUAUGUCCCCAAGAACAAUCUUGAAGAAGCAAUUUUACUUUUGAUGAUCCUUAUGAGAAAAUUUUAUCUUGGUAAGAUCGAGUGGGAUCCAUCCAUUAUAGAGCACCUCACAUUUGGAUUAUCUUUGUGUGGCCAAACUUCUGUAUUAGCAAAGCUGCUUGAAGAAGUCAUGCCAGGAAUAAGUCAUCGUAUUGAACGCUGGAGAACGUUGGCACUUUGCCAUAGUGGGGCUGCGCAGAACGGAGUGGAGUAUGCACAGACAGCAAUAGUAGUAAUUGAUGCUGCUUUAGAUGGGACUGGAAAGUGGGAUCAAGGGCAAUUACUAAGGAUGAAGGCAAAGCUGCAAAUAUCCCAGUCCUUGAACACGGAUGCCAUUGAAUCUUAUCGCUGCCUUCUUGCAUUGGUCCAAGCCCAAAGAAAAUCUUAUGGACCUCUUAGAGUUGCUCAUCAGACAGAGGAUAAUAAAGUUAGUGAAUAUGAAGUUUGGCAUGGUCUGGCAAACUUGUACUCUAGCCUCUCACACUGGAAAGAUGCUGAAAUAUGCCUGGGAAAAGCUAGAGCUCUCAUACAGUAUUCAGCGGAGACACUGCACACUGAAGGCAAGUUUUUUAUAGUAACAAGCUUGAAGAUGACAUGCCAUCAGAGGCGCAAGAUUGAUGAAACACAUGUGGAGGGGCAUGAAGAGCUAGAUGCUGCCAGCUUGCGUGAACAUGAAGAAUUUACUAAGGUCGGUGGGAAGAAGAAUAAGGUCUAUGGACAGAAUCUCUGCUAUCUUGCCAAAUUGUUUCUUGACCAUAAGAUGCUUUACUAUGAUGUUGACUUGUUCCUGUUUUAUGUGUUGUGUGAAUGUGAUGAUAGAGGAUGCCAUAUGGUUGGCUAUUUUUCAAAGGAAAAGCAUUCCGAGGAGUCAUAUAAUUUGGCCUGCAUUCUGACCCUUUCUCCAUAUCAGAGGAAAGGUUAUGGGAAAUUUCUAAUUGCUUUCUCAUAUGAACUCUCAAAGAAAGAAAACAAAGUUGGAACUCCUGAAAGGCCCCUGUCUGACCUAGGUCUAUUGAGCUAUAGGGGGUACUGGACGCGUGUUCUUCUGGAUAUAUUGAAAAAGCACAAGGGGAAUAUCUCUAUUAAGGAGCUCUCAGUGACAUGA